AUGAUCAUUAAAAUAUCAACUUUAAUAAUAAUAAUUUUACUUUUUAAUAAUUGUAUUUUUACAAACCAACAGGAUAUUUUUUUAAAAAAUUAUAAAAAUAGUUAUAAAAGUAAUAAUGAUAAUAAUAAUAGCUCAAAUAUAUACGUUAGUAAAAAUGGCAAUGAUGGUAAUAAUGGAACAAUAGAGUUUCCUUAUUAUAGCAUUUGUAAAGUACUAUUUGCAAUCAAUGGAACUUUAAACUACGAUCAAAUAAAUGUAUACAUAGGCAGCGGCGAAUAUGAUUGUAGUAAUUGUAGUAAUUUUAUUUUAAAAGAUCAUCAAAAUAUAGUUUUUUCAGAUUAUAAUAAUAAUUUAGAUGAUUAUUGUUUAAAAAACAAUAUAUUUAAUAAUUUUAACAAUAAACCAAUAAAAAAUAAUAUAAACAAUAUAAAUAUAAUAAAUUUUAAUCUUGCUUUAGAAAAUUCAACAUUAAUAAUAAAUAAUAUAAACUUCAUAUAUAACACAUCGACGACUGUAUCAAAUUUAAUAGUUUUACAAUUCAAUAGUUUUUUAUAUUUUAAUAAUUCAUUACUUAAUAUUAAUAAUAUAUAUAAUAGUAAUAAUAUAUAUUCACAGACAAUUAUAUUAGAAAAUUCAGUACUGGAGUUUAGUUCAUCUAGUGUAAAUAAUAUUCAACUUGAAAUAAUAGAAUCAACAUUUUUAGUAGAAAAUUGUAAUAUAUCUUCAAUUAAUAUAAUGCCAUCUAGAGGCAUGGAGUUAGGUUUUUUAAAUUCAAAAUUUUAUCAAUUAUUUAUUUUACCAACCAAUAACGAUAUAAAUUAUAGUAACAACAAAAUUAAUAUAAAUGAUUGCAUAGUUAAUUUCCUUAUCAGUAUAAAUAAUAAUACAAUUAAUGAUAAUAAAAACUACAUAUUCCCACUAAUAACCGAGAAUAGUUAUAUAAAAAUAAAUAAAUCUAAAAUACUUUCAACAUAUGAUCAAAUUUCCAAUUCAUUAGUAGAGGCUAGAGAUGGUGCAACGGUAGAGAUAAUAAAUACCUUAAUCAAAGGAUGGAGUUUUAUGGGGCCAGUUAUAACUUUAAGAAAUAGCAGCGCGUAUUUAGAAAUGGUUAUCUCUUAUAUGGAGGGUAUAACAUUUUUAGACUGUCAUGGUAGUUUGAUGUAUCUUGACAAUAUUUAUUUCAAUAGUGGUGUCAUGAGCCUUUUUACUUUGCGCGGUGGUGUAUCAAAUGUAACCCUGUCCUCUUCAUCACUCACAUAUUAUUAUUCUGGUUUGCCUUUGGUUAUAGAAACCGAAAACAACUAUUUAAAUCUCAGCCAAGUUGUUUUUCAAAAUGUUGAGGGUAUGUAUAUCCCAAAGAUGAAUAUUACAGGUUAUGCUUUGUUUGUGUAUGCAUCGAGAGCAAUUAGAGAAUACCUAUUCAAAUUUAAAGAGGGUUCUACCUUUUAUUGCAAUGGUUGUUUAUUUUCUGUGGAUCAAACAGAAUCGACUCUAAUGAUUAUGGAUCAGUCAAAUAUAACGUUAUAUGAUUGUGAUAUCCGUACUACACCCAAAGCGAUAGUGGCCAAAAAUUCAAAUAUUACCAUCAUAGCUCUAUAUCUCGAAAAUGUUUAUACUCCCUUUCCAACGAUUCAAUUGGAAAAUUCAAACUUAAUUUUUAUAGAUUCAAAUGCCACCGGUAUAUUUUUAAAAGAAUCAGAGUUUAUACAUGCAAUAUCGUCAACGGUCUACAUUGAAAACUUUCAAACGCUAAACUUUAAUUUAGAAGAAACUUUUAUUUCUUUGAAUAAUAGUGUGGCCUCUGUCAAGGGUAUAAAUAUCGAAUUUCUCCGUUCUCAAAACGGUGUUUUCACAUUAAUGGAUGGUUCUUCUCUAUUUUUAGAGGAUAGCAAUUUUGAAAAUAUAUUAGCAACUACUAUCUUUUCCGCUGUCAAUGGCUCCACCAUAACUUUAUCAAAUAAUAUAGUAACAGGAACGUCUUAUAAUGUUUUUUUCAAACUGAAUGGUUCUGUGGCAUCUAUGGAAGGAACUAGUUUUUCAGCUAAUAAAGGAUCCCUAUUAUUAGCAUACAGUUCAAGUUUUAUUACUCUUUCAAAAUUUAAUUUCAAAUCAGAUAACUAUCCUAUGGUUUUUCAACUAGAUUCAUUUAUUUCAGUCUUUUCAUCAACAUUGGUAUUAAGUGAUUUUUCAUUUAACCAAAUUUCAUUCAGUGGCAUUUACUUUUUCAAAAUUUCAAAUGAUUCGGUGGCAAUAUUAAAUAAUGUAGAGUUUAUAGAUAAUAGUAACAUACCAAAUAUUUUAUAUAGUGAAAAUAGAUCAAAAGUUUCAAUUUCUAAUUCAAAGUUUGUAUCAAAUUCAAUUUUUAAUAAUAAUUUGUUUUCAAUUCAAGGUCAUUGUCAAGUUGAUCUCAAUCAAGUUUUUUUCUAUAAUAAUACUGUCAAUUUUGAUAGUUUUUUAAUUAAUUUAAUUGAGUCCACUUUAAAAAUGAAUUCAAGCGAAAUUUCGAAAACAACAUCAAAACAAAGCUCAAUAGGUUCAACUGGUUCGUUAUUAGAGAUUCAAAAUUCAAUUUUUAAUGAGAAUUUUGUAGUUUUCAAUGGUGGGGUUAUGAAUUUAGAUCAUUUGACCAACAUAGUGAAACUGGAAAAUAAUGUGUUCAUCAAAAAUAAAUGUUUAGGUUCUGGUGGUGUAUUUUAUACAAAUGGUUUCAAAUAUAGUAUAGAUAAGAAUGACAGUAAUAUAUUUUUAAACAAUUCUUCAAUCUAUGGUAAUAUUAUUGCAUCAGAACCAAGUUUUCUUAAAGUUUCAGAACCAAUAGUUAAAUUAAUCUAUAUUGCUUUGUUAGAUAGAUAUUCACAAUUAGUUUCAAUUCAGAUCUAUCCAACUACCGUUUCUAUUCAAAAAACAAUUGGUAAUGAUACUUUUGAUCCAAUCAAAUUUACAGUUCUAAUUAGAGGCGGGCAAUCAUCAUUUGAUACAAGUAUUUUCCACAUACCAGUAAAUACCAAUCUAUCAAGUCAAGUAUAUUCAUUAAAUAUUUCCAUCCCAGAUUUAAAGUUAGAAUAUUAUAACCCAAACUAUACAUCAGGUAUUCCAUGCAAUUUUUUCCAAUAUUAUUCAAAUGAUGUUUGCAACUAUUGCGAUUUCAACAAGAUUUAUGACUAUACCAAAGAGGAAUGUGUAGACUGUCCAAAUAAUAUGCAUUGUUUAGGAAGUGAAAUAGGUGCCAAUUUUGGUUUCCAUGUCUUUAAUUUAAACUCGAUUGAAACAUUUAUAUUUACAGAGCCAUGUCCAUUAGGGUUAUGUUUAGAAGGUUCGGAGGAAAGCAUAAAUAGAUGUCCAACCUCCCAAUACGAUCCAGAUAGUCCAUAUUGCUCGAAAUGCACCAACGAUCCAAGUAUAGGUCCAUCCAUCUCAAAGAAUGCUCUAAACUGCUGUCAAAAUGUUCAACCAUUACUUUUAUUUGGAUACAUAGCCUUUAUUUUGAUUCUCACUUUUAUAAUCUCGUUAUAUAAAUCAAAUGUAAAUACAAAAUUAACAGGUGUUGUGAUAAUGCUACUUCAGUACAACUCAAUUAUAUUCUAUUCAUAUCCAGGCCUUUAUAUUUUACCACUUUUCAGGAUAUCUAUGGAUUUUAUAUUCAAUUAUUGCACAGUACGAAUCAACACUGUCUACAAACUAUUGGUAUCCAUCAUCUCAUUGGUUUUUAUAACCGUUUUUGGUCUUAGUGAUAUAGCAUACGUUAUAUUAAACUCUUUAAGAAAAAACCUUUUCUUUAGUGGAAUAGUUAAUUCAUCUUUAUCGAAAGAAAUGAAAACCAAUUUAGACAACUAUGAUAUGAUUAAAUUUCUUGGGAUUAAUAAAAGUUCUUCAGGGAUUCCAAGUGGAAUGGGUACAGACAUUGGCGAAGGAAAAUACGACAGGAGUUUUAUUAGAAUUAAGCAAUACUACAACUAUUAUUUAAUAAUGCAUCAACCUAUAUUUUUUAUAAUAAUAUCAACAAUAAUACCAAAAAAAGUACAUUCAUUUACAGGUUUAUCAAUAGAUUUCUCAUACGAAUUCAACUCCACUCCUCUUCAUAUGAUAUUAUUUUCAUCCUCAAUCAUUUUAUUACUUUUUUUUGCAUUCUUCAUACCACUAAAACUAUUUAUAAAUUGUUUCUUUUCACAUUUAUUUGAAAAGAAAAUAAAUACAAAUAGUUUAAUAACAAAGAAGAUAAAAAAAAAGAAAUUAGAUAAUAAUAAUAACAGUAUAAAUAAUAUAUUUGAUAAUAAUAGCAACAAUAAUAAUAGUAUCAAUAUUAACAACUAUCAAAAUUAUAACUAUAAUAAUAAUUUUAAUGAUAAUAGUAUAAAUUCAAAUUCAAUAGAUUUAAAAUAUUCAACAGGUGCAUUAAUUUUAAUAUAUAUCAUUAAAUUAUUCUACAACCCCAAUAUUUCCAAACUAUAUAACUCAUCAACUUCAGCGUCAAUAACAGGAGAUGUUUAUAAAGCAAAAUAUAGAUGGUGGGAUUUUAUAAUUAUUUUUAGAAAUUUAAUAAUUUCAUUUUUAGUGGUUUCAAUGGUAUAUUUACCUUAUUAUUACUUUUUAAUAAUAAUAACAAUACAGAGUGCAUAUACAUUACUUCAUUUCUCUUUUAAACCACAAAGAAAUACAAAGUUAUAUAAUUUCGAAAUCAUUUUAAAUAUCACCAAUCUUUUACUUUAUUUAAUUUUAAAUUCAACCUUAAUAUCAAAUAAUAAAUUAAAAGUUAAAAUAUGUAAAAAAUCUUUAAUCUUUAUUUAA